AAUUAAAAAGCAAAGAAAAUUGGAAAUUUUCAAUUAAUCCUCAGUAUUAAUUGAAAGCUUAUAAAACAGAGCAAACGCAUCAAUUGAUUAUCUUUCCGUAAUAAUUCCUUUAGCAAUUCCUAAUAUACAAGCAAGAAAAAAAAAAAAAGGAAAAAAUAUAUAUUUAUGGAGAGCUAAAUGGGCAUGUGAGUGAGUGAGUCAUCAAUCUCUGAUGCCAAUCAGGCUUUGAAGCAUAAAAGGGAAAGGCCAAACGCGUCCCUACUAAUCAGCAAAAUCAAUGAGAGAGAGGACAUCUUCGUCAGUCUAAGUUGGUUGUAUAUUUCCUUGUCGGAGUCUCCAUUUCAUUUUCCAGUUGAACCCCACGAUCACAUUCACACUGUAAUUCACAUCCACUCACUCUCUCUCUCUGCUAUCUAAUCUAUUCUACUUAUACUCAUUUGCAUUGCUCUAUUCAGAACUCUUCAAGCUUUGAAUCUGCUUCUUCUUUUCUUUUCUUUCUUUUGGACACACCAAUCAAGAUAGUUCUUUCUAUUUGUUUUUGAACAUUCAAAUAUUAUGCUUUGUUAGUUAAUUAUCAGACAGUUCGCCUAAUACCCACCAAGUACUGGUUUUUGUUCUACUAUACUACUAUUCUUUUAAUGGCUAUUCAAUGCUUAAUUAAUUGCUCUCUGCAUCCUUUUCUAAUCUUCAUGUUCAUUGCCCAGAUUCUGACUAUGUUUCUGUUUCCUCUCUGAUAAACGUUUUAAAUGCUGUAAAAUGAAUGAUUUCAUUUUCUUUCCUAACUAGACAAAAGAAAACAAGCACAUCAUAAUUACCAAAAAAAAAAAAAGAGGGGACGGUUUUUCGAUCACCAUUAAUGCUUUUUCUUUGUUUGAUACCCCACUUUCUCUCUAAUAUUCAUUCUUUUAAAGACCCACCUUUUUUAAGGAAUGCCCCUUUUGUUUUUGUUCUAUCUAUGAAAUACCAAUACACACAUUAUCCCUUCAAAUCUUUGUUUCUUUAAAAACACAAAUGACCAAGAACAAUAGCGCCAACAAUACAUCUCCACAAGACCAAGACACAAUGACCCACUUUGAUUUCUUCAAGAAGUUCAAGCGCUUGAAUCCUCUCGAACCAUCUUUAGGCAUUCUUGGUUUCUUUUUGGUUGCUAUUUUAUUCAUUGGUUGCUUCUUCUACUUGGAUUACCGGUCUGUUACUGGUGGGAUGCCUUUCCGUGGAUUUUCUUGGCUGGGACUGGGACUGGUUACUCCAUCAUCAUCAUCAUCAUCAUCAGUAGUAGAAUUGGGUAGUGAUAAUGGACGGCCAGGGUUUCUUGAUAAGCUUGGAGACGGCUGUGAUGUUUUUGAUGGGAACUGGGUUUGGGAUGAUAGUUAUCCUCUGUAUCAGAGUAAAAAUUGUUCCUUUAUAGAUAGUGGGUUUAGGUGUUUAGAGAAUGGAAGACCUGAUAGUUUCUAUACCAAGUGGCGUUGGCAGCCCAAUCAUUGCGACUUGCCCAGAUUUGAUCCAAAGCUGAUGUUGGAAAGGCUGAGGAAUCAUCGGCUUGUAUUUGUUGGUGACUCAGUUGGCAGAAAUCAGUGGGAAUCCCUCCUUUGCAUGCUUGCCACUGCUAUUCCUGACAAUUCUUCAAUCUAUGAGGUGAAUGGUAGUCCAAUCACUAAGCAUAGAGGGUUUCUGGCAUUCAUGUUCAAGGACUAUAAUUGCACUGUUGAAUACUACCGAGCUCCAUUUCUAUUGUACCAAGGUCGACCUCCAGCUGGUGCUCCAGCAAAGGUGAAGAUGACUUUAAGGCUCGAUAAAUUGGAUUGGACUUCGCCGCAGUGGAUAAAUGCAGAUGUGUUGAUAUUUAACUCUGGUCAUUGGUGGAAUUACGAGAAGACCAUAAGAGGGGGUUGUUACUUCCAAGAGGGAGAGGAGGUAAAGAUGGAGAUGACUGUUGAAACUGCAUACCGAAGAUCACUUCAAACUUUGAUUGAUUGGAUGGAUAGCAACAUAAAUACGAGCAAGACCCAAGUCUUCUUUCGAACUUAUGCUCCAGUUCAUUUCAGAGGCGGCGACUGGAAGACUGGCGGUAGCUGUCACUUGGAAAAACUUCCUGAUUUAGGGUCAAUGCCGAGUUCAUCAGAUUACCGUUUUAAGAUAUUUUUUGAUAUGUUAAAACAAUCAAAUGAAUCACAUUUGAAUUUGGAGUUGUUGAACGUGACAAACAUGGCAGCACGAAGAAAAGAUGGCCAUGCAUCUGUGUACUAUCUAGAGCCAGAGAUUGGUCCGGCUUCUCUUCACCGUCAAGACUGCAGUCAUUGGUGUUUGCCUGGUGUCCCUGAUUCAUGGAAUGAACUCCUUUAUGCACUCCUUCUUAAGAAGGAGGCUGCUCAUGCACAAAAUUCAACAGAAUCUUCUCAAGCUCCAUUGUGACCGGUAUAGAGCUUUUUUAUUUUUUUAAACAUGACUAAAAUCAUACACGGUGGAGCACAGUUUCCUUGAACCAACCGGCAAAAUCAUCAUUUGCAAAGUUGGCUUCUGUUUACGGAUCAUAGAUUGUCAGUACUAACACCUCUGGUAGACAAUGAGAUGUGCAACUUUUUGGUAUAGUGAUUAUUUGAUCUUAUCGUGAAUGUACCAUGAUUGAUCAGCAGACAGGCCUAGUAAGCGAUGAGACUACAGUUAUAGAACUUUGGCAGCUGAUUUUGUAGUACAAGUUUCAGACAGGUUGAUAAAGCAAAGCUGAUAAGUCAGGAAGGGAUGCAGAAAAAUCCACACGAAAAUGUUUAUUCUUGUUACACAAAUUUUAUUUCAUUUGUAAGGAAAAUGGAAAUAGAAAACUGUUGAUUAUGCCAUUUUUGUCCAAUGUACAUAUAGAGCAAAUACUGAAAGUUCCGUAAUACAACUUGCUUCUCCUUUGUUUUA